AUGCAAGCUUACAGCAAACAGGCGACAAACACAUCGGGUAUGCCGUAUAACUUCAUGAUAUCGUCAGAUGGGGAGACGUUCGAAGCUCUCGGUUGGAGAAGACGGUCGCCUCUGUUUCCUCAAUACUCUGCGGAUGCCUUACUGUUAGCUUUUAUAGAUAACUACACUCAAGAGGCUCCGAAACAGGCUCAAAUUCUGGAAGAAUUUCCUUGCAGAAGCGUUAAGCCAGGAACGAUUGCAACUACGUUUCGUUGUGAUCGGUAA